AACUUUUAUUCUAAAUUUUUGAUAAUGGAUAUGUAUUGCUGUUAUGUGUGUCCACCAAAACCUGUAUGCAAUUUGGGGGAUGUCAAAUACACUUCAAUUCCAUCCUGUUUUGCUUUCAUUGAUCCUCCAAGUAAUAAUGUAACAUUCACAUCGCCAAUGUGCAACGAAAAUCUUAUCUUAAAUGGAGUAGAAUGUGGAAAGAAGCUGUUUUGUAAAAAUAAUCAGGAAAUGAAAUAUUACAACGUUGAUUGUUAAGAAAAAAAAAAAAGCAACCAUUGAUCAAAUUCACUCCAAAAUUCAUUCGUUCAUCAAACAUUCUCACAGUAACACAUCUUUUCUAAAUCUUCUGUGUAAAAAAAAUUAACAAAUAAAAAUUGAAAAUGUUUAAAAACUGCAAUUGUCGUUUACGCUGUCUAAAUACUUCCGCACCAUGUCCACCAAAGGUUUGUAGAAUCCCAGGUUGGGCUAAGGAUUGCAAUCCAUGUAAAAAAGUAUCGAAAGCAAAGAAAGGCGAGCCUCCAUGUGGAUGUAUCUAUGGAUGCCCGUGCAAAGCAGCUUGCUAUGAUUGGAAUCCAUGUACGAAAACAAUUCAAUAAGAAAUGUUACGAUUUUUCAUCUCAUCAUCAUCGCUUUUCAUUGAAAGAUCAACAUCAAAAUUCUUCGUAACAAAAAUUAGAAAAACAUUCAAGAUGUGUAAACUUUGCUGUCCACCACUCUGCCCAUCACCAUGCCCAUCAGUAUGCAAAAUUGCCGUUCCCAAGUCGUCUUGCAACCCAUACGCAAUAUGUGAUCCAUUAUUUCCAUGUGAUGGCUGCUGUGUGCCAGUCAACCCUUGUGGACCAAGCUGUCAGCCCUUUCCAACUCCCGGAAGCAGACACAUUAACCCAUGCGGAGACGAGAAAAAUCGAAACAAAAAAUAUCCUCAAACUUGCGUUGUUUUUCCAAUAAAGAGAUGUUAAAGAAAUUUUAAAAAUAAAGAAUAAAACAUUUUAAA